AUGUUUGUAGGCAUUGGACGAGGAAUAGCGGAACAACUAUGGCGUACAGGAGCAAAAGUUGUUGCCGUCUCGAGGACAAAGUCGUAUUUGGAAUCUCUCCAGAACGAAUAUCCUUCGAUUGACAUAGUAGAACUUGAUGUUGCUGAUUGGAGCAAGACAAGAGAAAUCAUUGAUUCUUUAGGACAUUUCGACGCACUUGUCAACAACGCUGCAGUUGGAGUGUGCCAACCGUUUCUCGAGUGUACUCCCGAAUCGUUUGAUUCAACUAUGGCUGUUAACCUGAAAUCAAUCAUAAACAUCAGUCAAGUGGUCGCAAGGAAAAUGAUAGCGAAUAAAACACAGGGCGCCAUUGUCAACAUUUCUUCACAAGCGUCUAAGGCAGCUCUCAAGGACCACACGAUAUACAGCGCGUCUAAAGCAGGAUUAGAUGCCGUAACUCGUGCAAUGGCGCUGGAGCUUGGGCCUUACGGUAUCAGGGUGAAUGCAGUCAACCCAACGGUCAUUAUGACUGCUAUGGGACGUAUUGGUUGGUCAGAUCCCGACAAAGCUAACACAAUGCUCUCCAAAAUACCGCUUGGAAGGUUUGGAGAAGUGUCAGAAGUAGUUGAUGCAGUGCUUUAUCUGUUAAGCGACAAGGCCAGCAUGAUUAACGGAGUCGAGCUCCCAAUCGAUGGAGGAUUCCUCGCCACAUAA